AAAAGUUCGCCGCGCGCUCUUGUACCUGAUCUUAACGUUGACAACGUUGAAUGAUUCGGAUUACUUGUUCACUCGCCGUACCAAGAUGCCUACAGAAUUAGAGGAGCUUGUAGAAUUCCUCCAUCAUGGGAACACACAGAUCAGGCAAAUAGCCUGCGAGAAUUUGGUGGGCUACUCGGCUGCUCAGCCCAAGCUUUUCAAGAGCAACCAACUCUUGCCUGUGAAGGACCUGAAGCUGUUAAUCUGGGAUUAUACGCCUAUCGCUAAAAAUGCAUUAACAAUGCUCAUCAACUUAACAUCAGAUGAAGAAGUUUUGACCAAUCUUGUUGAAGAUGAUAAAUUCAUUGAAUGUCUACUCAUAAAGUUGACAAACCCCAAAGAACCGAACGCGGAUGAUAUGGCGAUGCUGAUGGCCAACCUCGCUAAACAUGACAAGUUUCAAAAAAUCCUCACGCUCAAGCGCAAAGUCCCAGACCCCGUAUCUAAGUCCCCCAACGCCCUGGACCAGUUGAUGGAUUGCUUCGUUAAGGGCGCCGACGGAACACUCAACAAGAAUGCCAAUUUCGAUUACCUGUCUUAUGUCUUUGCGGACCUUUCGAGAUCCGAAGAAGGACGCCGCUACUUCCUCUCGAAGCAGGAAUAUGAUUCGGUCAUCCCAAUCACAAAACUGAUUGUCUUCACGGAGCAUCAGAGCGAUAUUCGGAGGAAGGGCGUUGCUUCGACAAUCAAAAACGUGACUUUUGAUGUUCCUUCUCACCCCAUGCUUAUCUCGGAGGACGAAACAAACCUGCUCCCGUACAUAUUACUGCCAGUCACUGGACCGGAAGAAUUUUCUAUAGAAGAUUCAGCAGACAUGCUAGCAGAUCUUCAAUUCCUUGGACCGGACAAGAAGAGAGACAGCGACAACACGAUCAUAGUCACUCAUCUGGAAACACUGUUACUGCUCACAAGUACUCGAGAAGGCCGAGAUAAGAUGAGGGAGAUCAGCGUGUACCCAAUCAUCCGAGAAUGCCAUCUCAAUGUAGACGAUGAAGAGGUGAAGGAGGCCUGUGACAGACUGGUCCAGGUCAUCAUGCGUGACGAAGAAGGCGAGGAGUCGGAGGCGGCCAAGGAGCUAGACACCCAGGCCAACUUGAUGCAGAACCAGGACGAUGAUCAUAAAGUGGAAGAGCUCUUUUAAACCAUCUUGAUGGCAUAAAAAAUAUAGAAUUAUUUUGCAUACUAUUAGGUCUAACGAGAAUUGGCCC